AUGACGAGCUCCAAGCACGCAUUUAUUGAACCCAAAGAUCUCUUCAUUGACUGCAUGGCUCGUAGUGCAAGCGAAGCUGCCGCGGGAUACAUCGAUCAGAGCCGAACCUUUACUCCGUAUAUGCUACUUACUCAACAGUUCAUCAUUACCCACUAUUCAAUGCGACCUUCUCGUUUACUCUUGCAUUUGAUUUAUGCAAAUUUGACCACGUAUUCUCGAUAUGGGGUAACUGGCGUAUUAACUAGGAUUACGACGAAAACUGAUGUUGUAGUGAUCUUCUGGAUUCUGGAGGUUGGUAAGAGUAUAACAGGGAUUGUCGUUCUGUACCAGUUAGUCACUUGGCCCUUCAGAGAGGGUAAGGAGGAAGUCUCAAUAAUCCUCAGCCAAGAAGAAGAGCGGAUAUUUCCGUAUCUCAUCACAGCUUCUUCUGGGGGUGGGCCUAUGGCUAUUGUUAUUACUAAUGGCGGGGUUCUGGCCCCUCCACAAUUUAUGCAGUGGGCCUAA